AUGUUAUGCCUGACUCGGCUGCGGGCCAGCGUCAGCAAAGUGGCCUUCCUGGAAAUGGUGAAGGAUCUCCGGUUUCGCACGGAGGCUCCAAUCUCGGACUGCAGCGCCGCGCUGAAGGAGACACAAGGCGACGUGGAGAAGGCGAUGGAGGUGCUCCGCAAGAAGGGAUCGGCACGGGCGAUGAAAAAGCAGUCACGGGUGACGCAGCACGGCUCUGUCGUCGCCUGCGUCGGGGGCACAUUUGGUGCUGCUGUGAUCACUGUCUGCAGCGAGACCGACUUUGCUGCACGUAGCGCCCAAUUCCAAAACACCUGCGCCAAGGUGAGGGACGCACUGCAAAAGAGGAUUCUUGACAGCAAGGGUGAUGUCCUGGCGAAUCCGACGGAGGCCCAUCACCUGCUCGUGGAGGCGACGACGGAAGACAUUCAAGCUUCUAUCGCCAUCUUGGGCGAAAAUGUUAUGAUCAAGUCGGUUGAACCUUUGCGACUGGCGCCGCAUGUGGCGGAGCACAUCUCCAUUGGCUCCUACACGCAUGGGUCAUUGGAGGUGCUGGACGUUGGCAGAAUCGCCGGCGUUGUCGCCGUAAGCCGUCUUGACCCCACGAUGGAGGUGGGGACGAGUACGCUGACAGAUGUCUCAAGACACUUUGUGGCAUGCAGUGGUGCGGAGGGAAAUUACGCCCACCAAAACUUUUUUGGCACGGAGGAGACAGUGGGACAGUGGCUGAAGCGUCAUGGUCUUCGCUUUAGCAGUAGCCUUGUGGUGGAUUUUGGCAAGGAACCAGUCAUACACACGGCUCCCCAGCCCCGCACCAAAGCGAGAUAG